UUUGGAUGGGGGCACUUUCUGGGCUGGAUGUGUAUUGUCUGUCAAGAGAAGAAUGGGGCAAGGAAAGCGUGUCUUUAUUGAUAUCGCCACAUUCGUGCUAGUUUAUUACAAACCAGGUGAAAUAUGAUUGCCUUCCAGCGCCGAGUGUGAAAGCAAAAUGGAUAUUUAAUCCGUCACACAAGCGUGUGUGUUGCUGUUUGCUGACCGGAGGAGGAGUGCGAAGGCGACCGGGAGUUGGAGCGUCCACCGACGGACGGCGGCUCUCUUGUCUCCGGAGCCGCAACUCACCUGUCCGGAUAUCAUCCACCAAGCCGGGGGCAGUCGCAGCAGUGGAAGAGCCGCUCCGUCGCCUUCAGACCGUGGCUGUGAGAGCAGGUGGGCAGAAUGUUCCAGCUCCCUGUCAACAACCUGAGUAGUCUGCGUAAAGCUCGUAAAAAUGUCAAGAGGGUCCUGGGAGACAUCGGUCUGGAGUACUGCAAAGACCACCUACAGGACUUUAAGGCCUACACGCCGCCUGAGGUGUACAUCAAGCACACUUGUUGGGAGGACGUGUGCAUGUGGGAGCCGUCGCACACCAAAGUCCAAGACUACCGCUCCAAACCUUUCUGCUGCACCGGCUGCCUCUUCUCGUCCAAAUACUUCUCUGCGUACAAAAGCCACUUCCGCAAUGUCCACAGCCAAGACUUCGAGAACAACAUCCUGCUCAACUGCCCCUACUGCACUUACAACGGCAACAAGAAGACCCUGGAGACGCACAUCAAACUCUUCCAUGUGCCCAGCAGCACCGUGCGCCAGGGGCCCGGCGCCGGCGGCGGCCUCCUGAUGAAGGAUGGCCUCCUGAAGAGGCCGGGGGACAGCGUGGAGCAGGCGGUGUACUACUGUAAGAAGUGCACCUACCGGGACCCUUUGUACAACGUGGUGCGCAAGCACAUCUACAGGGAACACUUCCAGCAGGUGGCGCAGCCUUACAUCGCAAAACCGGGAGAGAAGGCCCAAAACGGCGGCACCGCCGGGAAACCGGAGGGCAGCAACACCAACCAUGUGAACAGUCAUCAGAUCCACUGCAAGAAGUGUCUGUUUGUCCCCAGAACCUACGAGGCACUUGUCCAGCAUGUCAUCGAGGACCACGAGAGGGUCGGAUACCAAGUGACGGCUAUGAUAGGCCACACCAGCGUGAUCGUCCCCCGUCCCAAACCCAUCCUGCUCAUACCCAAGUCCCAAGGAGACAAAACCAUCAUCGGGAUGGGUCCAAAGGGGGCCGUCAUGGCCACCACCAGGCCUUCGGCUUCCCAGCAGCUGGCCCGGGUCGCCUCAGCAUCAAAGCCCACCUUCAGUCCUCAGAGUCUUCUCUCGGCGAUCAAACACGAGUCAGCGGGCUUUAAGUCCGCGACCAACCAGACCUUUUCCUUUGGCGUCCUUCAAGGGAAGGGAAGCGCCCACGUUUCUCAGCAGUCUCACUCCGCAAGGCAUCCGUUCCCCGGAGCCAGCCUGCGGAGCCCCGUGAUGUUCAACACCUCCCUCAAGUCGGGCUCCCUCGGCCCCCGGGUGCAGGCGGCGUCCACCACCGUCGCCUCGGUCGCGGCCAAGAAAGGCGGCUCCUCGGUCCUGGGCCCCUCCCACACCCAGAAGUGGAAGAUCUGCACCAUCUGCAACGAGCUCUUCCCGGAGAACGUGUACAGCUGCCACUUUGAGAAGGAGCACAAAGCGGAGAAGGUGCCCGCCGUGGCCAACUACAUCAUGAAGAUCCACAACUUCACCAGCAAGUGUCUCUACUGCAACCGCUACCUGCCCAGCGACACCUUGCUCAACCACAUGCUCAUCCACGGCCUGUCCUGCCCGCACUGCCGCGCCACCUUCAACGACGUGGAGAAGAUGGUGGCUCACAUGCGCCUGUCGCACCCGGACGAGGCGGUGGGGCCUCGCACCGACUCCCCGCUGACCUUCGACCUGACCCUGCAGCAGGGCAACCCAAAGAACGUGCAGCUGAUCGUGACUACCUACAACAUGAAGGACGCCCCGGAGGAGUCGGUGGCCUUUCACGCCCAAAACCACGCCGCCGUGUCGUCCUCGCUGGCCGCCUCCCUGCUGUCGGCCAAGAGGCCGUUACCUCAGCACCCUUCCAAAACGCUCGACACGGUCAAGAAUGUCCCGCACGCGGCCGUGCCGUACAAGAGAGACGUAGGAAAGACGCUCUGUCCGCUCUGCUUCUCCAUCCUCAAGGGCCCCAUCUCGGACUCCCUGGCUCACCACUUGAAGGAGCGCCACCAAGUCAUCCAGACGGUGCACCCGGUGGAGAAGAAGCUGACCUACAAGUGUAUCCACUGUCUGGGCGUGUACACCAGCAACAUGACCGCCUCCACCAUCACCUUACAUCUCGUCCACUGUCGAGGCGUAGGAAAGUCUCACAACGGCCAGGAUAGGUCCGCCUCCAGGACCGGCCAGGCCGCCAAACGGACCGGCGUCGACACCUCCGACACCAGCGCGCCAAAAAGGAGGAGGCGGGGACCUCCCGGGGAGAGGGCGCACCCCAGAGACAUGAACACGCAGUUUGAGGAAAACCCGGACGAGCCCGUUUGUCUCGCGCUCGACCCGCAGGGCCUGGAGAACGAGUCGUACGAGUCGAGGAAGGCGUUCCUCACCCGCUACUUCAACCGAGCGCCGUACGCCACCCAGCGGGAGGUGGAAAAGCUGGCGGCCGGACUCUGGCUGUGGAAGUCGGACGUCUCCGGACACUUUGUCAACACUCGCAGGAAAUGCGCGCAGGAGUGCGAAAGCCUGCGCCCCGGCGUCCUGCUGGGGUUCAGCAUGCACGAGGCGGGCCAGGUGAGCCACGAGCUGGCGUUGGAGGGCGGCGCAUUCGAGGCCGGACCUGGCAAAAGGAGGACAUCCAGGAACCGCUUGGGGCUUUCGGAGCAAGCCCGCCAGAGACGGAAGGAGUCCGCGGCGACCAAUGGCGGCUCCUCUUUAAAACCCAAACGCCCCGACCAAACCGAGACAAUCAACUGCACCUCGCCGCCCAAAUCGCCUGCCAGACUCCCCGAGCCCAUCGCCAUCGACUCUGACAGCGAAGAGGAGUCGGUCCAAGCGCUCCGUCUCCACGGUAACAUCCAGCAUCCGGAAGCUGAGGAGAGAACGGCGCUCAUGGCGGGAGUUAAGAUGAUUUCUGAGUUGGAGGACUCGUCAGACGACGACGAUGACGAGGAUGACGAUGAUGAUGAUGAUGAUGAUGACGAUGACGAGGAGGAGGAGGAAGGGGAGAACUUGGAGAACGGCUUCGGGCCCACAGGGAGCUCAGGAGGACAGGCGCCCCUGCCCAUCAUUAUUCCCAAAUUCGUGCCCUCGUCCGCCAGGCGGGGCGGCGACGCUCAGCUGGGCAAGCAGCAGGUCUGACCUUUAACCCCCUUUAGACCGCACCAACACAUCUGCCUCACCUGGACUCCACAAGGACCCGCUUUGAAAGCAGGAGCUCAGAACAAGCCAUCCGACCACGGUCAUGUGAUCAGCAAGUGUGAGGUUUGACCAAUCUAGUAAAGAAAGAAGUAUUUUGUCUUUUUGUCCGUUGGCUAGUAAACUUGAAACGUGGUGAGCAGAUAAUUAUUGCUUUUGUUUGUCCUGUCUGCAUACUGGCUAGCCUCUUUUGCAUCCUAAUAAAUCACAUUUUUAGUUGAUUAGUAUCGGCCAUCGUGUUAAAGGAACUACCCAAAGUCUUUUUUUAUAUGGCCCACUUUCUUGAUUUGACCUUUGCUUCCCCCCACACGCCACUGGAUGGUAACCACCACACUGAACAUGAAUUUUAUUUUUUUAAACAUUUAUUCGUUGUACACAUUUAUUUUACACCUGUGCAUUUCAUCAACAAUAAAGUGCUGUCAUUGUUCCUCA